UUAGCAUGCUAGCAUGAACAGUAAACACAAAGUGCAGCUGAGGUUGAUGUUAGUGUCAUCAGUCACACAUUAACAUGUUGGCCUGAUGGUGGCGCUGUAUGAAAAGAUCUCUAGUGUUCAUUCUGACGGGAACGUGAAUGUGGUGUUGUGCUGCUAAACAUGUUCAAAAUGUCCCUGAGCUGCAUCUACGACACCCCAACAGGUCUGUCUCGAGGUAAAACUAAAACGCUGCCUCUGCAGCACUUCCUGUGGCUGCAGGCUCUUCACUGUGAAGUUUGUCCUGAAGGCGUUCAGAGAAAAGGUCACUUCGUUAUCGCACUUUAUUAGAUUGUUUCCCAACUGAGACUGGGACCAUCCAAAGGUCAGAGCGUGAUGACAAAGAGCAGAACUUAACGUCUUAAACUUCGGUCCAUGUUGAACUGACUGAGACGUUGAGGACAACAAAAAGUCACGUCUAUAUUUGUAAUUCAAAGUGACACGUCAAACGGAAAACAGGAAGCAAGUGUUGCUGACGGCGACAACUGACCUUCCUGUUAAUUUUAAUGUUGCUCUGAUCUAAUUGUCUGAUGGCAGACAGCAGCUCGGAGUGCUCUGAUUGGCUUACUCUGCCACCUGUUGCCUCAGGGCCUGAGAGCCAAUCAGAUUACAGCAGUGCAUCUGCUCAGUGAUGUCAGGCUGUUGCCAUGGUUUGCCGCUGUGAUGUCAUCAGCGUUCAGUGCGUUUGUGCCUCUGGUCGGCUCGGCAUCACUUUGAAUGAAGAGGCGUCUCAGAGCCAUGGACCACAUGAACCACAGCACCAUGGGGAUGGACCACACACACCAUCAUCAUCACACCAUGGCCCCACCCACCACCACUGGACACAACCAUGGAGGAGGAGGAGGGACCGAUGGAAACCAUGAAGGACAUGAAGGACAUGGAGGGAUGGCGAUGACUUUCUACUUUGGCUACAACAAUGUGGAGCUGCUGUUCACUGGCCUGCUCAUCAACUCACCUGGAGAGAUGGUUGGGGCAUGUAUCGGUGUUUUCCUACUGGCUGUCCUGUACGAGGGGUUGAAGAUAGGUCGUGAGGCACUGCUGCGUCGCAGUCAGGUCAACGUCCGCUACAACUCCAUGCCGCUCCCAGGGGCCGAUGGGACGGUGCUGAUGGAGACGCACAAGACUGUCGGACAGCGGAUGCUAAGCCCCGCCCACUUCCUGCAGACCCUGUUGCACAUAGUUCAGGUGGUCGUCAGCUACUUCCUGAUGCUCGUCUUCAUGACCUAUAAUGCUUACCUCUGCAUUGCCGUGGCAGCUGGAGCCGGCAUGGGCUAUUUCCUGUUCAGCUGGAGGAAGGCGGUGGUUGUCGACAUCACUGAGCACUGCCAUUAGCUAGCAUGCUAAUUAAUAUCACAUCUGGUGGUCUUAUUGAUCACAAUCGAUAAAAACUAACACUUAAACUCUGUGUUAGCAUGCUAGCCAAUCUGGAACUACAAACUCGCAAAACAUUAGCGGAAAAUUAUGUUAGCACAUUAAACCAGACACUAAAUUACAAAUGUUAUUCAGUAACCAGCACCUUUACUUAGAUUAAAAUGCACACUAACAUCUGAAGUUAGUGACUAAUAAAUCUGUUUUGCAGAAAAUGACAAAAAACUUUUAUUGUCAUGUUUUUGCCACCAGGUUUGGUUGUUCUAUGGUUUCUUGUGAAUUCCUGCUGAUGGGCGAGCCGACCAAUCACAGCUGGGUUUGCCUCAGAAGUUUUUGGUUAGCCAGAUCACAUCAUACUGUUGUUUAUUUCCUUUAUAGUGCCAUGACAAAUGAAAGGUUAGUGCUAGCUGCUACUAGCCAAAAUGUUAGCAUACGUAGCUCACACAUUAUUUCUGUUAGUUAGCAUUGUUAGCCUCUCAUUGGAAGAGUCACCAGUCACAAAACUGUAUUUAAACAUGUAUUUACAAUAUAAUAUGUUAGGGGAAUAGAUGCUUUAUGAUAGUUUUCAUUCAAUUUUUUUUUAUUUAAAUAAAAUUGUUUUAAAUAUUUUUUUUUCCUGUCUACAUACAGAAACAAAUUUUUCAAACUUUUACAGUUUCAUUUUUAAAUAAAAAUUAUUUACAUGAAUCCAACCAAUAAUCAACAUUUUGAACUUAACAGCAAACUUCUGUUUUGAGAAAACUUUCCUGAACUAAUUUAAUCAAAGUAUACAGUAUGGAAUUCAGAUGCAAAUUAGCUUUCAUAUUCUUACAUGAUUACAUGGUUGUCUUAAAACUGAAAAAUAUUAAUUAAACAAUGAGGAAAACAAAAUUCCUGAAUGAAAUAUAAACUGGAACAUAUUCUUUUCUUCUCCAAGCCACUCAGUCAGAUCGCAGAUGAUUUACAAAACGUUGGAUUAAUUUGGAUCAAUUAAUUUUUAGUUGAAAACGUAUUAUUUCAACACACAGCUCUCGUAACAAAUAAACCAACUUAUAUUUUGAGAUAAACUUCAUGAAUACAAUUUGCAAAAUGUACUUUUGUUUAAACACUUUUUUUAACAAGUCUGUUCUGGGCCACCGUCGGCCUUAAACGUGACACCCGCUGCCUUAACAUGGCUGACAAACGACCUGAUGUGCUACUGACUGGAGGCCAGUGUUUGAUUUUUAGGUGCUGCUGUUCAACAUCAACAUGUCUGUUAAUGUGGAGGCUCUGCUGGUUUCACUUUAGUACAACUUGAAAACUGUUGUCUCUUACCUUUUUGUAAUUUUUUUAAUUCUAAGAAAUGUGUUGCAAAUGGAGGCCAGUGUCUGUCAGGGAAAAGAUGGUUUGUUGGGAAAGACCAAAAAUAAUAGAAGUCAAACUUUUGACUGGUUCCUAACUUGAUUUUUUUUUUUCUCUGUCAGAAACAGACUUCCAUAGAUGUCAAUGUGAUGUAUUGUGUCUUUGUUUUUAACUGAUUCACACUGAGAUGUGGGCAGAGUUUAUCUACUGCACUAAUCAGGUUGCAGGGACAGAUUGCAGUUACUUGAUCUUUAUUUUGAACAAAAUUCUGUCUCAAUUGUUGAAUUUUUGGACAAAUUACAUUAAAACAAAUCAGAGUUACAGAAAGUGGCCAAAAGUAUGGGGGCAGCCAUGUUCACUGGUGUGUGUGGAUUCUCAGUCAUGCAUGUCAUCAUGUGGAGGGGAGCUUCAGUGCCAAUGGACUUUGCUUUAAACUGGAGUUCAGUUCCCCCACUAAAGCUCUGCUACACUGGUGUAUAUUGAUCACAUGUCCACAUACUUUUGCCCAUGUAGUAUACAGUGGUCUGAUGUCUGCAUAUCUUUAAUACAGUGUAGUGUUCUUAGAUGUCCACAGACUUUUGUCCAUGUCAUGUCAGAUUUCAGGUUAAAUCUCCUCUCAGUGUGAAUCUGAGCGUCCCUGUUGAUGUUGUUGACAUGAAGUUGAGGCUUAAAUGUGAUGAAAACUGUCUGUGAAGGAAACUGUUUAUCCAGAAUAUUAAAGUGUCUGAAAAAUUUGUCACAGAUGCUGGAAUCAUUGAAGAAAACACAAAAUAAAGUUUAUGAGGAAA